AAAAAAACGAACGUUUUAAGUGGUAGGGAAAACUAAUUGUUAAUAUUAAAUACGCAAAUAUAAUUCUUAAAGAUUAUAUUAUUUUUGAAUAUAUGAUAAUAUGAUAAGAACACUAUGAGUGUACAAUUAAAAUAAAACUACAUUAACUAUCAACAAACCAGUAAUCAUAAUAAAAGAAAAUUAAAUUUGUGCAACACAAAAAAAAGUAUCAAUUAAAAAGAAAAUAUUGAUUCAUCAAUUUUUUGCUGAAAUAUUGUAUUUGCUUCGGUGACGAAAUAAAAAAAUAAAAGUAAAAAUACAAGAUUAUUAAUUGUGUACACAAGCAAAAGAGGGAAUUCCCCGAAAAUCAACAACAUUUGAAGAAAGAAUAAUUUGCAGACAAGUAAACGUUCAUUUUUAUUCACUUUAGUUACGUUGUUUUGAUCAGACUUUUCACAAGUCUUUUUUUUGUUAUUACACAUUUGUGAACAAUGUCCGAUGAAGAAUCAUUUGUUAUAUUGGGCUCCUCGCCCAUGUCCUCAUUGGAAAUCGAUGGUAUAGAAACCAAGAAGAACCCGUUAACAUCAUUAGAAUCAGAUACUCCGGGCAGCCGUUUUACAUCUCUAAAAAGAAGUCAAAUUAGUGAUUUACAUAAUGCUCAGGAAAUGGCAACACAAACACAUGAAGAAAAUCUCUCACAGCCUCAAAUGGCUAUUUCUAAAGAGAAAAGUCUUAUAAAGGAAGUUUCACAUAGUAGUUUAAAGAGUAUUAUAACUGAUCCAAAGACAGGAAUGGAAAAUAUGACUCCAAAACCACAUGACAUUCAACCAGAAAUGGCUGAAUCAGUAAAUAAAAUGCAAAAAUUAAACAUUAGUCAACAGGAAUCCCUAUCAGCAGAAGUAAUUGCUGGCAGCAAAUUAUGGAGCAGACAACCACAGGUUCAAGUAGAAGAACAUAUGAUGCCAAUAAGUUUAGAAGAUUGUGCUCUAAAGUCACCUUUCGAAAAGGAACAGAAGACAGAUAAAAAUAUCAAACAGAUAAUAACCAAUACAACAGACACAAAUUAUAAAAGUAUAGAUGAAAAUGGGAAAUCUUCUUCUAACUCUAGCAAGACAACACCUCCAACAUCGAUUGGCAAUAAUUUGGCUUCAAGUUUUCUUAUGGGAGAAGUCAAUGCAGAUGUUUUAAAGACCAGUGUCUACUCACAGUUUCCCAGUAUCUCAAUGGAGGCAUGUGCAGAAGAUGUUGUUAAAUUACAGAAUAUGGUUAGCGAAUAUACGGUAUUGAAAAAUACAAUUAAAAAAGCCAAUAUGACAAUGAAACAAUUCUAUAAUAGUUCACUACAAUGGAAGGAAAAAAUGAAGACAAUGGAAGAAGAAGUGGACAAGUGUCAUAAAGAAAUUGAUAUGUUACGAAAACAUAAUCAAGAAUUGGAACACAAUUUUAAGGGACAAAUCGAAGCCUUAGAAAUUGCACGCAAAAAGGAUCGCGAAGAAACUAUACAGGAAAUAUCCGAAAAGAAUGCAUUAGUCGAAAAUAUGAGAGCCCAAAUUAUUAAAUUAGAAGAACAACAACUAGCCUCCUUUGAAUUUGUGGCACAAAAUCAAAGCGAAACGAAAAACAAUGAACAAUUUCAACAGUUGUUCAUAACACGACAGGAACAUGAACUUAAAAUGAAACAACUUGAAAGACAAUUAUCCGAAAUGCUGGCUUCGAACUUAGAUCUUAAAGAUGUCCAGAAACAAUAUAUAGACGAAAUAAAUUGCCUAAAAGUCAAUCUAACAGCAGCUGAAGAAUUAAUUAAAAAACAUCGUAAUGAAAUAGCCCAGCUGCAUGUACUCGAUAUAGAAAAGCAACAGGAAAUUGAAAAAUUAGAGCAAUCCCUGGGAGAAUUACGCGCAACGAAUGAGGAACAAAGUGAACGCAUAACACUGUUGGAACAUCAAAACGAGGUGCAUCGCAAGGAUUUCGAAAUGGAACAGGAAUGUCGCCAGACAGCUGUACAGGAAAAACAACAAAUUCUGCAGGAUUUACGAAAUUUACAAAGAAAAAAUCAAGAACUAAUUGAAGAACAUCAAAAAAUAGCGGAAAACUAUCAGAAGAGAUUAUCUACAGUCGGUGCAGGAGAUGCUAUGCUUAUGUCUGCGGCAGUAGCUUCGGCUGAAUCCUAUAUCAAUAACCCCCAAAGACCCAUUAGAGUAAGCCAUACUUUACCUUCGCCGUCAUCCGUUCCUGCUGCACCAACUACUGCACCUCCAGUCGCAAUGCAUCUGUGUCCCAUUUGUAAUAAAGCUUUUAGGACAUUGCAUAUUUUAACAAGUCAUGUUAAUGAUUGUAUUGAUAAAAAUUAAUUCUCAAUGUUUUACGAGAAAAAUAUUAACUUCAAUAUUCUAUAGGUAUUUUCAGCGUUUAAGAAACUAUAUUAAAACGUGCAGUUCCGAUUAAAAGAUAUUCAAUUUAUGAACAAAAUAUAUGUAUUACAUUCUAUGCUACAGACAUAUAUUUGGUUUUUAGUAUAUAAAAAAUUACCUGUGCGUUUUGGCAUAAACUUAUUUAUUUUUGGAAAAUUUCAUUUGAAAUGUAUGUAAAAAUUUAAAAUCAUGUAAAUAAAACAAUAAUUUCAAUAA